AUGUUGCACACAUCCGAGCUUGUCUCGAACGCAAGUCUCGUGGAUCAAAGAUCAGGCGGCGAGGAGUGGCUGGGUAGGGCGACAGCCGGGCGGGGAAGUGGCUGGGAGCACCGCGUUAUCCCGAGGAACUCUUUGUACGACCACUGGGUCAAGCUCCUGCUGAUCGGCGACAGCGGGGUCGGGAAGUCCAGCCUGCUCAUCCAGUUCGCGGAGGGCAAGUACGAUCCGAACAUGCCGGGUGCUGAGUACCCUGGAGGGCGGGGGGACCAGAGGGCAUCGGUCCGUGCGCCAAUUCUGGCGGACGUCGUUGCGCGGCGCGCCUGCGCGUUCAAGCUGGACCUGUUCGCGGACCGGGCGGCGAAGGCUUUGAUCGCCGCCGCAAUCGAAGAGGCCAGCAAGCCAGGAGGCAAAGUCCACCAGGCGAUCGUCGAUUCCUUCGGGAAGGGACAACCCGGAGCCAAGGCCGUCGACUCGUCCUCCGCAGCCGCUUCCACCCCGGCGAUAUCGCAGGCCCUCCUGCCUGGAGCAGAGAUCGCGGCCGCCCUCGCGAGGGAGUUCGACCAGGGGGGCGGCCGCGGAGAACCCGCGCAGGGCCAAGCUUCGCUCAUUGGCCACGGCCGAGCGGGCGGCAGCUUGUCGACCUACCCACAGAACGCAAAGCUUGUCGCUUUGAGGAACGCGGCCGCCUUGAAGUACGCGGUCAAGAUGAAGUGCGAAGCCAUGUGCUUGCCCAGCUUCGGGGGAGGGUCCGACCGCGCCUCCAAGCGAUCCUACAGAUAUGCCCGCCGACGCAGACCUCCCUGGGCGGAGGGGAGUCUCACUAGUCGAAAAAAGAAGCAGCUGCUUAGCAAGCUCACCGCAGACCUCGAGAAGCUGGCCACGCACGCCUCCCCGGCGCGCGCCCAGGCCUGGAUCGACGAGAAGUUGCAGGUCGACGACGCGCACGGGCGGGCCGCCCCUGGCGUUGGCUUUGGCCUGGUCGAGGCGGGCGGCUGCGUGCAGCUGCGCGUCCGCAGGCAGAAGAACGACCUGUUUGGUGAAUCGAAGAUGAUCUUGCUCGAGGCAGCGGCUUCCGGCGACCUGGAGAUUCCCGCGGCCGCAGCCGCGCUGGCGCCGCUGGCAGCCGACCCGCCCCCCGAGGGGGCCCGGUCAGGCUCGCCCAGCGAGCUCUGCGUCUGGCAGCGACGGCCCGAGACGAUCGGGAUGGACUUCAAGGUGAGGGUGCUCGAGAUCGGCGGGCUGAAGGUGAAGCUGCAGAUCUGGGACACGGCGGGCCAGGACGAGAGGCGGUUCAACACCAUCACGCAGCAGUACUACAGAAACGCUAUGGGCAUCAUCCUCGUCUACGAUGCCACCAGCGAGGACACCGAGUCCUUCGGCAACGUCCGGCGCUGGGCAGCACAGAUAUCCGCCCACGCGGCCCAGGGCACCAGCAGACUCCUCGUGGGGAACAAGGCCGACUGCGAUGACCGGGCAGUCGGCAGCGAGCGAGGCCGGGAGUUGGCGGAGGAGUACGGGAUCGGGUUCUUCGAGACUUCGGCCAAGUCCGGCCUGAACGUGCAGCAGGCCUUCGAGGCGAUCGCUCGGGACGUGGUGCUGAGCAAGCAGACGAAGGACGGCUCCGUGCCGGCGAAGGGCGCCGCCUCCGUCCAGCUCAGGCGGAAGCUGGCCUUGCCAGACGAGACCGCCAGCCCACAGAGCGGCUGCUGCGCGGGGUGA